AAAAUGGCGAUGGAGGAAUACUUUUUUGAUUAAUGUUCAUGAAAUAGAUUUAAAAAAAAACGACCUAAAAAUUAACAUUAACCAAACGUCUACCUCAAAAAUGACAACCCCGAACAAAUUUGCCAAUGAUGGCAGUUUUAUGGAAAUGUUUAGGCGAAAAAUGGCCGAGAAAGAGGAUAAAACAAAUAACGCUAGCAGUGAUUCCAAAACGAAAACUGAGACCACGGCAAAAACAGCGGGCGAAGACAGCAGUGAGACUAGUGUGAGAGGCGGUAAAAGAACUGCUGAAAAUGAGCCGGAUACGUCAACAGGAACGACUGGUUCUACUUCAUACUUUCCAAUAGUCGGCAAAAGACGAGGUCCCAAAAUCCUGAAAACUGGUAUGGUUGCCAAGAAAGUUAAAGAAGAAGAACCAGAAGAUGAUAGCAAAAAAGAUGCUUGGUCGAAAUAUUUAGAUGAAGUUAGAAAAUACAAGUCCCAAAAGUGUAUUGAAGAUGAAGGAGGAACACCAUUAGUGAAAUGAUGUUUAUUUUGUGUACUAGUAUUAACAAUUGUUUGUCUGGUUACGCAUUGAUGUUGAUGUCUUGUAGAUGUAUUAUGUAAGAGCUAAGUCUGCAUAUUGCAGGUCUUUAUUUUGACUUCAAAUGUUAUAUAAAUCAUUAUUUAGACAUUUAUUCACAUGAUAAGCCUAAAAUCACUCUCUAGAACAUCGAAUGGCUGAGAUUUAAAUGGAUUUAAACAACGUGAUAUUUGAAAAUUUAACGAUAAAAUGGACAAUCAAGGCUAAGUCUCGGUUGUCAAGUAAUGUUGCUAUGAUAAUGAACAUUCUACGCAGUCAUAACUUCACUUGGAAUAAAGUACAUGUAAUUUGAAUUAAAUUUUCAAUUCAUCAUCUAUUUUUGAACUGCAUGUAUUAUAGCAAGAAUGGCCAGCUCUUUAUCUAAAUCUUACAUAAUGCAUCUUUUGCAGGGCCCUUAUUUGGUUAUAUUUGUUUGUUCUUGUUGCUAGGCAAUGGAACAUGACCUGUCUGUCAAAUGACAUAUCAUAAAGUUAAGAUAUUUUAAGAAUUUUGUGUUUGAUUUGUAUUAAAAUAGUUACACAUGCUUACUUUUGGUCAGUAUGUCGUAAAAUUUAUAAAGCUUUUGAAUGUUUCUAUGUGUUGCUGUUGGAAAUGAUGUGGUGGGCAGUACAGAGACAUUAUUAUAACUAAGAAAUUAAUUUUGAAGAUUAUUGUGUAGAGAAUAAUUCAAAAGUUCUAUUAGGUACUUGGUAUGAUCGCUCUGUUAACAAUCUAAUUAAAAUAUAGAUCGAUAUUUCGUUUCGCUUUUUAUACUUUCGAUGUCCUGCACUACAUGUAGAUCUAACAAGUUAUAGUGGGAGUUCACGUUCUAUGACGUCAGGUACCAAACAAGCAACAUUUGACCCGAUUACGUCGGUCAUUCGAUUAACCAAUUAGCGACUGCCAUGUAUUUUUUAUCUACUUUUGCUUUGUUUUGAUUUCUAUUGCCGCUAAUGCCUACCCACAGUUCCGUGCAAAAAAGGUCAAACGCUCGAUUCGACAGACCAUUUGAUUGGCUGACCCCUCAUUUCAAGCAGAACACGAGUUAAAUAACAACGCUUCCAGAUCCAAGUGUAGUAAAGACAAGUAAAAUCGAAAUUUUGACCUAUAAAAACGAAACGAAAUAGGAUCUGUGUUGUAACCAGAUUGGUCUGUUAACCAAUAAAAACUGCUUCCAAAUUAUCAAUUAACAAUUAACAUGUGUGUGUCUUCACAAUGUAUUAGUAAAUUUGUCUUAUAUUUUGUAUUUGAUUAAACAUUGAAUAUUCUUGAUAUGUACAUGUAGAUAAACGUGUAUUCAGAACAUCCUUAAAGUUUUUACCAGUUUACACUGUUUCUGAGAACAAAUAUUUCCAAGGUCUGUCAGUGGUCAAGUUUUGUUAUAAGUUUCAAGAGAGAUCUUCAAUAAAUAACUACCUUAUUAGCUUCCCGGCGUGUCACUGGGGAAAAUAUCUGCAUUUUUGUAUCAACCAUUCUGAGAAAACACAGAUCCUAUUUUGUUUCGUUUUUUAUAGUUUAAAAUUUCAUUUUAUUUGACUGUAUUACACUAGGAUCUGGAAGAGUUGUUAUAUAACAUGCGUUCUGAGGUAUUAGCCAAUGAAGCCAUCUGUUUCGGCGACUUCUUAGCAUGCCAUGCACGGAACUUUUAGUAAACCACUAGAAACUUCAACUCUGAUUGAUUGAUUAAUCAAUGUCUGAUGUCAUAGGGUCAAAAGCCACUUGUACGACCCCUGAUGCGACCUUUUAGUAAAACUGGUCAGAUCUUCAUCUAGUGUAAGCUAUCGAAAGUAUAAAAAAAUGAAAUGAAAUAUAGAUCUGUAUUUUAAUCAGAUUGCGUAUCAUCCAUAAUAACACUGUAAUCAUAAACUGCAUCAAAUAUAAAAUAAAUAACAUCGUUAGGUUUCCUGUAACAACUAGUUAUUAUAGAGUUAUUAUGAAUUUAUUUUGAAAUUGACAAGUUCAUCCAUUUGAUUUCUUCUAGCAAACAAACUAUAUAUACAUGUAGAUGUACGAUUUGAUAUAAUCGUAGGCCAGUAUCAAAUGAUGACAUCACAUUUGUAUACAUGAAGUAUACACUAGUAGCUAUGGUGAUGACAUUUGUAUAUAAAAUACUAGGGUUAGGGUUGAAAAAGAACAGUUUUAUACAUGUAGUAUACAGUAGCUAUCACUGUAACCCAGGUAUCAUUUAAUCUUGUGUAUUUAGCACUAAUUUCUUUUACAUUUGUUCAAUAUCAAAUCUUUGUUUAAAAUUUGUAAAAAUCAUUUAAAAUCACCCCAAAUCAUCUAAUGUGUCUAGUUUAAAGCUGACUGAUUAAUUUUGCUAGUGAGUGUCUAAUUUACAAGUAUUUAAUUUCUUGACCACUGUUCAAAAAUUAAUCAUUAUAUACAUUAAUAAUCAAUUGGGAUGUUUAUGUUAUUUUUUAACAGUGAUCGAUAAAUUAAACACUUGUAAAUUGAACACUCAUUAUCAAAAUUGAAUGGUCAGCAUUAAACCGGACACAAGUACAAAUUAGAUGAUUUUUGGUGAUUUUAAAUGAUUUUUACAACAUUUUUAAACAAGGAUUUGAUGAUAAACGAAUGUGAAAGAAAUUAGUGCUAAAUCCACAAGAUUAAAUGAUACCUGGAUUACAGUGUAUGGUGAUGACAUUUGUAUAUAAAAUGCUUUAGAUAGUUUGUUGAAAAAGAAAAGUUUUAUACAUGUAGUUUACAGUAGCUGUGUGUAUAAAUGCUUUAGAUAGUUUGUUGAAACAGAACAGUUAAAGAUGUAUUAUGUAGGAUUUAAAUCUACCUAUUACAGGUCUCAUCUUUAUUAGCCCAGUCAGAGUAGUAGGAUGUUAAACCCCAUUUCAUUUUCUAUUGUAGGAGUUUUAACUGGCUUCAAAUGUUAUAUAAACUAUUAUUUAGACAUUUAUUCAUUUGACAAGCCUAUAAUCAACUCUCUAGUCCACCGAAUGCUACCCCUAUGGAAAUGAAAUGGGGUUUAACAUCCUACUGUUCUGCUCCUAUACUGGGCUAAGGAAGACGGGCAUAUGCCAUACAGUGUGCUAUGAGGGAAAUUUUGCCCGGGAAGCGGCACUAUGGCCUUCUCUUAUAUCGAAUUCCAACUGCCAAGAGAUCUUUUACGUGCACGCCAGUGUAUACACGGGACUCGAAUUGUCAAGAUAUUAAACAGAUUAUGUAAUGUCUGAUAUCAAGGAUAUUUACACUGUUGUCAAAACUUCAAACAUUCAUAAUAAAAUAAUUUGACUGAAAUGAUGUACUUUUAAACUUUUAUAGCAAGAAGGACCAACUCUAUAUCUAAAUCUUACAUAAUGCAUCUUUGAUUUAUUUCAGCUGUGUUAGUAAUUACCUCAUAUCUGUAUAUGAUAGCUAUGUGUUCAUUAUCAAUGCGGGGAUAGCAGGGUUGGGCAGAAACUUCCCAUCUCCAUAUUGAAGUAUUGUAAUGAUAAUUUGUGAAGGGCAAAAUGGAAUGCAAUUUCCGACUAAAUUUAUCCUGAGCGGGGGGGGGGGGGGAGGCAGAACCCCAGAACUGCUCCCCCCCUCAUCUGAAUCUGCAUCUGCAAUGUAAAUAAGGCAUUCCUCAUUAUAUAUGUGUUUAAUGGAAUGCCAUUUCCGACUAAAUUUAUCCUGAGCAGGUGUUGUGGGGGGGGGGGGGCAUGAGUGAUGGGGGGUCCAGUACACUUGGACCGCUCCCCCCUCAUCUGCAUCUGCAAUGUAAACAAGGCAUUCCUCAUUAUAUAUGUGUUUAAUGGAAUGCCAUUUAUGACUAAAUUUAUCCUAAGCGGGGGGGUCGAUAAACCUUGGACCGCUCGCUCCCCCAUUAUCUGAAUCCACAUCUGCAAUGUAAACAUGGCUUUCCUCAUUAUAUGUGGUUUUUUUUAUAUGUAAAAGUUCUGUUCUGUGGACAAUAUCACAACUUAAUCCAAUAUUGAAUGUACUCAAAUUGUUAUAUUGAUUAAGAAAACAAAACUAAACAAAAGUAUGUGUUAAUGUUUAUUGCUCUGUCCACUGUAUCCAUUUACUAAAUACCUCUAAAGGAUUAAAAAUAUCAAUCUCCCAGGUUGGAUUCAAUCAGAUGAAUAAGAAAGUCCAUCAAAACUUGUUUACAUUGUCUGUAGAGGGUGUUGAAUGUUGCAAAAUUUCCACUUCAUCGUAUGUCGAGGGAAUUUGACCAUUUUAUGGACUGAUAUUCCUGAGAAUCAACUUAAGUGAGUAAUUGAAGAUGCUAGUGCAAUAAGGUGGACAAGUGCCAUUAACAAAAUGUGCCAAAAAUAGUAUUUUUACUUAUUUUAGAUCAGAACACUAAAAUUGACAUAUACUGUGAUAACAGGAAACAGAAUGAUAAAAAGAAACAAGUGGUUAAGAAAAUCUGCUAAAAAAGGAUUUAUUUGAAAAAAUCAAAUGAUCUUUUUUAAAAAAAAACACUAGCAUCUUCAAUUAUAAAUGUGAUGACUCAUUUAAAAGGGGGGGCCCCUGACAUUAGACGAGAAAGUUCCUCAGGUAUUGAUAAACCCUAACAUUCCUAUUAAAAAUUUGGUAUGUACGUAAAUAACUCAGAUAUAAGCUACUGAAAUUCAUUGACCUAAUACCAAUAACUUUUGGACUCCAUUUUCCUUAGGGACCCCAACAAAGUUAUCAAGUAACUCCUUAGCUUAGUGAGACUCCAUUUUGGGAAACACAGCCCAAGAUGGUGUUAAAAUUCUCCUAAGAGAUAUGGCUUCAGCUUUAAUACUGAUUGGCACUUUUUUGAUUUAUUUUCUUCAUUUUGAUUUGCAUUUUUUAAAUUUAUUUUCUUCAUUUUGAUAUUCAUUUAUGUACUCAAAUGGAAAACUUAACAAUGGAUUCAAUCAGAUUUAAAACAGGCCCAUCAAUUUUAUUCAUGGCAAAUAAAGAUGGCUGCAGACAUUAUUACAUAGGUAGCAGCAUAGAUCGAUGGAAUUUGUAAUGUGGCAUAUCUUUGUAAAUACUGGACAGAAUUGAACCAUAUUUGGACGGGUAUUCCUAUUACAGAUUCAACUUUUACAGUGAUUCCCAUGGUGCUAAAAUGACACAACAUCUAGUCUUUAAAGUUACAAUUUCAUAUUUUUAAGUUAUAUUUUUUAAAAUGUAUUAAAAUAAAGCCCUAAAAUAGAUGGUAUCUAUAAACAGUCCUACCUUGUUAAAGCAUAAUCCUAUUAAUCCUAUAAUUCACUAUUGCCAGUUGAGAAAUUGGCAAAAAUAUCAUUUUCAACUUCAAAUUCAAACGUUUGAAGAUAGCUAUUCCAUGGUGGGGAAUAGAAAAACAAGGGAGGUAAUUGUGUUAUUUCUGGUGUGAAGAUUUUUAAGUGUGAGAAAGAUAAUCUAUGAUCGUAUAAUAGUGAGUUGACAACCUAUUGAGCAAAAGACAUAGAAAUAAUUAUGUUUUGACUUUCUUAGAAAAUAUGAAAUUGUAACUGUAAGCAAAUUAAAGACAAGGGGACCCCAGUUUGGGAAACACUGAUCUACAUUGUGUUAUACAUCUCUUAGGAGAUUUAGCUUCAGUUGAUUACUGAUUGGUCAGUUUUCCCUUUAUUUUCUUUAUUUUGUUAAUGGUUGAAUGCUGUGUAUUGUAGGAUGAUCAAUAAAGUUGUAAAACUUAUUUUUAUGUGUUGGACGUCAAAAAUGCUAUGCUAGUAUAGGAACCAAUCGGGAUAUUAAAUUGUUUGUCGAUAUUGC